AUGGCUUCGGAGCUACUCAACCACGCCGCCCAUGGGGCAGACCCGGCACUGUCUGACCAGCCCGUCGUCAACCUCCAGGUCGUGUCGCCGUCGGUAGGCGUCAGCCGCCCUUUGCUGUUCCCUGGACUGCCGGCUGCCACCACCAUCAGGCAGCUCAAGGAGAGGAUCCGACAGUCGCUCCCCUUGCGGCCGUCUGACGAGCACCAGCGACUCAUCUACCGCGGCCGAGCGCUUGUGCGCGAUGCCGACAGCCUGCAGGACGUAUUCGGCGCCGAAGCUAUUCGUAGCCCCGACCAGCAGACGAUCCAUCUUGUCCUAAGGGAUGCUUCCGACAACGUAUCUUCGACUCCGCCUUCCUUGCCCAGCGCCCAGAGCCCGGCUUUGGGGGCUCAGUCCACCAACGCCCAGCGACAGACGCCAUCGCAUGCCGCCUUUAUGGGACCUCCUCCGCCACCUGGCAUGACAAGAAGAUCGGUUCUGCAGCCGACGCCAACUGCGACUCUGCCUCAACCUCGCAUGUCAUCGCCGGCUCGUUCACACUCGCCAGCUCAUACUCCUGAACAGGCGGCAGCUUUCCAGCAGCAGCAUCAGACCAUGACGCAAUGGUUGACACAAAUCCAGAGGGAAGCCAUGGCUCGCAUGGUCAACCAGAACCAGCGCGGGAGAGCCCACAUGGGCAUGCGUGGCGUUGGCGACACCGCGCCUGCAAAUCACGGGGGGUAUGGUUCAGACAACAGCGGGAGGGCGAGCCCGGCGCCGACGCAUACAAUCUACCGCGAGACUGUGGGACCCAACGGCCACAGCUAUCAUGUCGAGACCAUUGUUCGGAACGGCGCGGGCGUCUCUUCCGCCUCCUCUACGCCGCAGCACGGCGGACUGACUCCUACCGAAGUCCACAGCAUUCUGCGAGGCGCUGAUACGAAUCAGACGCCCAUGUCCGUGGCAAGCGCACUUCAUCAGAGCGGCUUGCGCCGAAGCGCCUCCAGCGCCUCGCUUCACAACCGCUCGCUCAACCAACCGGGAAUUACCACCUCAGUCUUUGCCAACAGCGGCUCACGGGCUAGCAGUGGUCGGGCCACGCCGGAUCUGGGGCUGCGAUCGGUGUCUGGCACGUUCAAUCCUGCCGCUACCUCUGCGCCUUCUCUUGUCCCGCCUCAGUCGCGGCAAGGCGUCGAGGUGUACAUUCUAUCGUCUCCGGAGGGUCCCCGUGCCCUCCUUUUCAACGGUGCCGUGGCGGAAGCCUAUUAUACCCCCAGAGUGUAUAUGCCACCCGCCCAUCAUCAGCUCCGAAACAGGGCCAGUUUCCCGAACCUGGCCCAUGGGAUGCCGGUACAAAUCAGAGACGAUGUUCGCUUUCUUUCAACUCGCACCGUGAGGCAGUCCGCCCACAGCCACCACGCUCCAGCCGAACAACAGCAGUUGCAACAUCAGCAACAACAACAACAACAACAGGCGCCACGACGACGGCAUCAGCCACAAGAACAGCAACAAGACCAGCAACCAAGAAUAGUUCCUUUACACGCUGGAAACCCUGCUGCAGUCGGCCUACCCCAGAUGGUGAUGCAGUUGGCUCCUCACAUCUGGCUUCUGAUACGCCUUGCUUUGUUUGUGUGGUUCUUUACGUCUCCCAAUUCAAGCUGGUCGAGAUGGCUGACGAUAAUUGCUCUUGCAUUUUUUGUCUUCAUCCUCAGCACUGGGUUGUUGGCCGGCGUUGCCGAGCAGGCAUGGCGGCCACUGGGUCGGCAUCUCGAGCACGUAUUUCCUACCAUGGACCCGGGGCACCUUGGAAGACAAGGAGCAGCCGCUGGACGUGAUGGCGCCCCUGAAGCGGACCAGAAUGGAACCCCCAACCCUGCCCAGAUGGCCGCCCGGCUGGUCGCGGAGCGUCGAGGUCAAGAAUCUUGGAUUGCCGGGCAGCUGAGGCGGCUGGAGCGAGCUGGUCUCCUCUUUCUUGCCAGCAUCGCGCCCGGAGUUGCAGAACGCCACAUUGCCAAUCUAGAAGCGGAGGUCAGGGCUCAAGAAACUCGACGCCGAGAGGCGGAAGCGGCAGCAGCAGCAGCAGCAGCGGCGGCCGCUGCCGAGACUAGUGCAAAUCAGGAGAGCGAAGCUGCGCCCGAGACGAAUGACGGGACGCCGCAGCAGCAAGCCGGAGAGCAAACUGCGGAGAACAACCAUGACAGUAUGGAGAGGGAAAGGGCUGUUCGAGAAGAAGUCACCGCAGCAUAA